CAACACUUUUGGAAUCACCUUUGACGACUCUUUGUCCACCUGGGUCUGACCUGCUUGGUGUUGCUGGGACACCUGGAGUCCACCUUCCCGCUCAGUCAGCUUGUGUUGGAUUUUUGGUUGUGGUUCUUCUUCAGAUGGAGCUGCUGUGCUGAAGAGGCAGUACUGAGCUGAGCAGUUAAGUUGGACAGCGGUCCGGAGGUCCCCCCAGCCCUGUGAAGAUGUACGGACUGUACUUGGAAGCGGUCAACGACUACAUCAAUGAAUCCUAUGGUGAGGACGUGUGGCGGCUGAUUGAGAACCGAGCCGAGAUCCCUCACCUCAAGUUUGUCAGGCAUCAGAUGUACAAUGACAACCUUAUCCUGCGUCUUGCGAAGGCAGCGGGUGAAGUGUUGGGAAAAACCCACGAUGAGCUGAUGUACGCCUUUGGAGUCUACAUGGUCAAGAGGAUUGGAAACUAUGGCUAUGAGCGUAUCCUGAAGGUGUUGGGGCGAAAUGUGCGCGAUUUCAUCAAUGAGCUGGAUAACCUGCACGAGUACUUCCGCUUCUCUUUCCCGAAAGUGCAGCCCCCGAGCUUCUGUGUGGAGGAGGAGUGUGAGACCAGCCUGACGCUGCAUUACCGCAGCACCCGCAAAGGCUUCACACAGUUCGUUAAAGGCCAACUCUCCCAAGUGGGCCGCCAGUUCUACAACACAGACAUUGAAGUGGAGAUCUUGUCCAAAGAGGAGACAGAGAAGAUGACGUACGUGGUCUAUAAGAUGAACUUUGACAAUGCCGCCUUCAAGCACCGCAUGCCCCAACAAAAGACAGCACCUAGCUAUGAAAAGCUUCCCAUGAAGCGAGGUAUCUUUUUUGACAUGUUCCCCUUCAGUGUCAUCUUCCGGCGCGACAUGACCAUGUACCGCAUUGGCGACGGCCUCAAAGAGGUGUUCUCUGACCUCCAGGGCAAGAAGGUCAACGAGGAGUUCACUCUGGUCAGGCCAAUGCUGGAGUUCAGUUGGGACAACAUCUACACCCACCUAAACAAUGUCUUUGAGCUGCUGUCUAAAGCAGUGGUAGAGAGCAAACAAAAAGUCAACAUUCCCAAAUUGAACAAAGAGGAACCCGAAGAGAAAGAGGAGAGCGAGAAAGCCAAAAGGGAAGAAGAAAGAGAGCAAAAGUCAGUGGAGGAGAUGAAGGGCACAGACCAAGAGUACAGUAGCGCUCUGACUCAGUACAACAGCUCUGCCAACUCUGGAGGAGAAGACAUCGAGCUGCUGGCCUUCCAGACAGUCACAGGCAAAUGCAGUGAGACCAUCUUUGAAGACAUGCGGGAACCCCCUAAAAAGCCUCUCCACCUGAAGGGCCAGAUGAAGUACGUCCCCCAGUGGGAUUCCCUCAUCUUCCUAGGGACGCCCAUCAUUGAGACAGUGGAGGACAUGAUCAAGAUGGGCGUGUAUGUCAAUGAUUUGAACCUGCAUGACUCCAGCAGAGAGCUGAUCUUGGCCGGGACGCAGCAGUCGGCUGAGCUGCAACUGGCCCUUGACCAGGAGCAACAAAAGUAUGCUCAGCUGCAGGAAAUCAUCAAGAAGCUGGACGAAGAGAAGAAGAGAGGAGACUCCUUGCUGUACGCCAUGAUCCCCAAAGCUGUGGCUGACCGCCUCAGGAAGGGAAUCACAGCUUUGGAAACAUGUCAGGUCUUCCCUGAUGUGACCAUCCUGUUCAGCGACGUGGUCAAGUUCAAUGAAAUCUGCAUCCACAUCACGCCCAUGCAGGUGGUGGACAUGCUCAACGAGAUCUACAUUGUCUUUGACACGCUCAGCGAGAAGCACAACGUCUACAAGGUAGAGACAAUCCGUGAUGCCUACAUGGUGGUGGCGGGCGUUCCCAACAAGACCACAUUCCAUGCACAUCACAUCUGUGACAUGGCCUUGGACAUGCUGAGCUCCAUCGACCACCUGAAGGACCCGUCCACUGGGGACAACAUCCAGAUCAGAGUGGGUAUCCACUCGGGAAUGGUGGUGGCUGGCGUGGUGGGUCUGAAGAUGCCUCGAUAUUGUCUCUUUGGAGACACUGUGAACACGGCCUCCAGGAUGGAAAGCAAUGGCGUGGGCAUGCAGAUACACAUCAGUCAGACCACCAAAGACCACCUUGAACACGAGCCCUACAUCAUAGAGGAGAGGGGCAAGAUCUUUGUCAAGGGUAAAGGCUACAUGAAGACUUACUGGCUGAAAGGAAAGAAAGAUCUUUCCUUCAAGACUCCAGCUGAGCUGCGUUACAGCAGCGAGCAGAAGGACUCUGAGGACAAAAGUUCUAAUGGCUCCACGAGCCCCAGUGUCAAGCGCAUGGCCUCCAGCCUCCCCAUCUGUGGUGGCGAGGAGCAGGCGGAGGGCAAGCCGAGCCCCAGCGACCUCCCACCGGAUGCCCUGCCCCAGGCGGAGGCUGCCAACGAGGCCCUUACUAAUUCAAGCGAGCUUCAAGAAAAAGAGAAAUCCAAAAAGACUAAGAACAACAAGGGCACCAAGCUGGACGCCUCCCAGGGAAAUGCCAUGUCCGAGUUGCUGCCGCCCUCCGAUGGGCUGGAGAACCCGGGCCCGCUCCUAUACAACAAGAGGAACAGCUUCAGGCAGCAGUAUGCCAAGCUGCCCACCAACCUGCCCAUAAGGAGUGCCUCCUGCACUCUCCUCUGAGUCCACACCAUCACGCCAGGUGCCAUGUCAUGAUGUUGACAACAUGAAACAUUAUGACACCAUCACGCCACGACACGAUACCGUGGUGCCAUGACAACAUGACAUCAUGAUGCUGUGACGUGAUGUUGCCAUGAUGCCGUGGCCCUAUUACAUCAUAAUGAAAUCAUAAUGCCGCGGUCCAUGACAAUAUGACAUCAUCGUGAUGCCGUGGCCCCAUGAGAUCAUGACAUUGUGAUGCUGUGGUGCCAUGAUGCCAGCGGAUGACGAGUGUGGAGGUCAGGAGAAGGAGAAGAAGUAUGACAGAUUUCAACACGUUUCAAUCCAACAUGGCGCCAGUGAGCAAUAAGUUGUCUUGUCAUACAACACAAAAAAUAAUAAUCAUUUGAUUGUCACACAAACACAAGUUUAUUACCGAUGUCCUUGAUGCUUUUUUGUUUUCAUAAUUUGUUUUUUUUUUAUAAAUUUCCCUCUUGAUGACAACAGAAUACAGGAUGUUUGGGGGGAUGCUUUUUUGUAUUGUGGUCUUUACAUUGCAGACAAACCUCCACUGAGUGUAGACAUCAUCUGUUUUGUUGAAAGUAGACACAUUAUUGCACAUCUAUGUUCUAUGUACAAGUUAUGUAGUAGGACAGGGGUCACCAACGUUUUUAUGGCCACGAGCUACUCAUUUUUGUAGAAAUGAUUUUCAUACCUUAUUUCAACCCAAACAGAUCAAAUAUGCUAGUUUCACAAAAUGCUGGUAUCCACAACUCACAUUUUAUGUUUCAGAAUACUUUUCUUUCUCGUGUUCUCACAUUAUUAACUGAAAACCUGAAUGAAAAGCAGGCUUGCGGGCACCUCCUGUGGU